AUGGUAGAACUCAUGCUCCAUCCGAUCCCAAAAACUUUGGGGAAGGAACUUGCCAUGCACCAUCAUCUCAUCUGCUCCCAAGUGAGAGCAUUAAGCUCCGCCUCUGGCCUCCGAGCCCAAUGGUCAAUCCACCAGUCGGAAGCGUCCUCCUUCAUCUGGUAAGCUGCGAGAGAUACACGUUGUCGGUCCGAGAGAGGGAGCACAACGAAAAUCUUAUCCAGCUCUUUGAUCCAUUCCAAUACCGCAAUGGGGUUCUCAGUCCCCGAGAAAGUCGGUGCAUUCAUUCUCUGAAACUGGACUAUGAGCCGCGUAAGGUCCAUGGCCGGAGGGGCCUG